AUGGAGGUUGAAGUGCUUGAGCUCUUGUUGGGUUACUAUCAUUUGGAUGAGGAACCAGAUGCCGAUUGCAGCGUGCGUUUGGGUGUACGGAAAAUCCAUAUUCAUCCAGAAUACAAGCCACAUCGUUCAAAACAUGAUAUCGCACUGUUGGAGCUGGAGCAAGAGGUUCCCUUCACCGAUCGCAUUCUCCCCAUCUGUCUCGGUAUGGCUAAGGAAAAUGCGUCCAACUUCCUCCAGGUAACAAGCAAGGUUCCGUGCUGGGACUCCAAGGGUUUCAAUCGAACGUCUAGCCAACUGUACAUCACGGAGAUAUCGAUUGCCACCGAUGGACAAAGAAUAUAUCCUGAUGUGUUCUGCGGUGGACUCGCCAAUGAAUCCAACAACUGCUAUGCAGAAUCUGGCGGUGGUCUUGUGACCAGGCGGCAAGACCAUUGGGAGCUGGUAGGGAUUCUAUCACACACGGAAGAAAAGAUGGACGAGCAAUGUACCAAUCAUAAGAACUCAGCUUACCUGAAGGUGCAGUACUACAGCGACUGGAUAGCGAGUGUCUGCACAGAUCACGUUGUGGCUCUUAAGGAAAUUGAUGAUUCUGAAAUUAUCAUAAUUUCUGUUCCAUCUGGAUUAGGCACUAUAAUUAUCCUUAUUAUUGUAGCCUUUAGAAUAUUUUGUCAGAAUAAUUCUGAAAGCGAUGAUUAGGUUUAAGCCAUUAGCUCAGUACGGGUCAU